UGCGACGGUGCAACAUUCCGGCGGGUGGCUUUUUAGCGGCUGCACGAAGAAGCAUCCGGGAUGCGAAUUCCCGAUCCGGAAUCUGGAAGAGCCCAAGAGCUCCUCGCCGGGCGCGCAUCCUAGCAGAGCCCCGAGCGUUGGAAUGCAGGAUGUGCCUCCCUUCUUCCACGCUACGACGACCGGCGGCUGGAAAGCGCUGAACCGCUAGCUCGAGGCUUCGUUCCCAGAAACCCGCCGGGAUUUCAUUUUCGCCUGCUCGGUUGGAUUGGGAAACAAACUUUCGAGUUUGAACUCUCUAUGCCUCUUCCAUCGCCAUGGGACGUGCACUGCUGGUCCUCCUGUUGUCUUCAACCGUCUCACUCCUUGGUGGGCUGAUAUUUGGGUACGAGCUUGGAAUCAUCUCCGGAGCCUUGUUGCAGCUGCAGGUGGACUUUCAACUUAGCUGUUUUGAACAGGAAGUCCUUGUGAGUGCCUUGCUCGUUGGCGCUCUCCUGGCCUCUUUGGUUGGAGGGAUCUUCAUUGACCGACAGGGAAGAAAGAAAGCAAUCCUGGUCAGCAAUGCAAUUUUGCUGUGCGGCAGCCUCAUCCUGACACUCGCCAGGUCUCUUGUAUGGCUGGUAUGUGGGCGCGUGACUGUCGGCUUUGCAAUCUCUUUGUCCUCUAUGGCAUGCUGCAUCUACGUCUCCGAAAUGGUGGCCGCCCAUCAACGAGGAGUGUUGGUUUCCCUCUAUGAAGCUGGCAUCACCGUGGGUAUCUUACUUUCAUAUGCACUGAAUUACAGCUUUGCGGACAUUGCUGAGGGUUGGCGGUACAUGUUUGGCCUGGCUGUCGGCCCGGCAGUCAUUCAGUUUCUCAGCAUCCUGUUCCUCCCAAAGCACUCAGCGACUUUAAAUGUCCAUUGCAGCGAGACUCGCAAAAGCCUCAUUCGCAUCCCAAAGAAUGAUGAUGGUGAAGAUGUAACGCCACCGGGCCCUAAGGAGAAGUAUUAUUCUUUUGGGGACCUUUUCAGAUCAAAGGACAACAUGAGAAGCAGGACUCUGGUUGGCCUCGGAUUGGUGGUCUUCCAGCAGUUCACAGGGCAGCCCAACAUCCUUUGCUACGCUUCCACCAUCUUCCGCUCUGUGGGGUUUCAGAGUGAUUCCUCCGCCGUCCUGGCUUCUGUUGGUUUAGGGGUGAUGAAGGUCCUUGCAACUCUCGUUGCAAUGGCAUUUGCAGAUAAGGCCGGCAGGAGGGUGCUGCUGAUGGCUGGGUGCACGGUGAUGGCCUUUUCAGUGACUGCUAUUGGCCUGACCAGCUGCUCCAUUCCAUUAGAGAUGGCAAAAGGCUGUGAAACUCUCAGAGGAUCAAGCAACACUUCGUUCAGCUCAGCUCAUCUCCCCAUAAAUUCCGUGUCCCCGCAACCGGCUGUAUCUUACUUUCCAGUGGCGUCAGGUGCAAGUGAAAUGCAAGUAGAAUCGACUUUUGCCAUCACGAGGUCAGCAGUCAUUGCCAAAACUCUUGCCAGGAAUGAAAAUGGAGAGAGAAGCACUCCUUCACGCCCUGAGCAAGCCCGUUUUCUCAAUCAGUCAGCAGAAGGAAAGCAGCAAGAUACCAGCUCACCUAUUGGGGAGGCUCCUUCCAAGCAACAUAUACUCCUAAACUGGAUCACGUUGCUAAGCUUGAUGGCAUUUGUGAGUGCGUUCUCAAUUGGGUUUGGACCAAUGACAUGGCUUGUCCUCAGCGAGAUCUACCCUGUCAGCAUCCGAGGAAGAGCCUUUGCCUUCUGCAACAGUUUCAACUGGGGUGCCAAUCUGCUGAUCAGCUUCACGUUCCUUGAUCUUAUCGGUGCCAUUGGCUUAUCAUGGACGUUCCUUCUCUAUGGACUGGUGGGAGUGAUGGCUGUUCUGUUUAUUUAUCUUUUUGUACCAGAAACCAAAGGACAGUCUUUAGAAGAGAUUGACCAGCAGUUCUCUAAGAAGCGGUUGCUACAAAGAAAUCCAUUCUGGCAAAAUUUGUGGAACAGAAGAGAAAUCCAUGUGCGUGCUCAUUACCAAAGAGUGGACCAUUCGAGCACCUCUUGAGAGAGGAGCCAUGAAGUUUGCCACUUAAGAAGAAGAGUGGGCAUUAGUCAUGCAUCAAGAUGCUUACUUCUAUUGUGUUGGAAGUGUUUAGAUAACUUUCCCAAAGGAGGAGUCCUGGACCAUUCCAUGAAAGCCAGAGGUCCUGCAGUGACAGCACAGUUUUCUUCCUUUAAGUAUGUGUGUUCUGUUACACAUAAAAUCUAGCAUCCUUGUCUCUAGGAAAGAUUCUUCUUACAUGUCUUGAUAUCAGUUAAGAGGAACCAUAGCUGAGGUUCUCCCAAAAGAUCACAAAGCAAACUUUUUAUAAAAGCAUUUGAUAAAUA